CACGUGAAAACGCCCGGGUGCUGUUUGUUCAGAGCACAGGGUUACACAAGGUGAAACAUGCGUUGUUGUCAUAAGCAGGGAUGCAUGUUUUAAUAAACUGUCAGAGAGCAAUGGGUCGCUGCCGGCGGUUGUUCCUAAAACUACAGUCCGCGCUGUCUUGAACGCAGCCCACUGACCGCCUCGAUAUUGUUCAACGGGAAUAAUGGCUGCACAGGAGCAGUCUCCACCAUCUUCCCUGGAAGGCAACAAACCUGGCUUCCCAAAGAAAAUUUUGGCCAACAGCCUCGAGGACAAGCAUUUGUGCAACUCGUGCCAGAAAGUGUUGAGAAGGCCCUUGCAAGCCCAAUGCGGUCACCGCUUUUGUUCGUUCUGUUUCAACAAAAUUGUGAGUUCUGGACCACAGAAGUGCAGUGCUUGCAUCAAAGAAGACUUGUUUGAGGACCCCACCUCCAUUCUCAAGCAAGGCGGUGCUUUCCCCGACAACGCGGCUCGGAGAGAAGUGGAGGCCUUGGCGGCCGUCUGUCCCAACGAAGAAUGCACGUGGACGGGGACCAUCAAAGAGUUUGAGGCCAGCCACGAGGACAACUGUGACUUCAUGAUCAUCAUGUGUCCCUCCUGCAAGGAGCUGAUGCGGGCGAACGAACAGGAGCGCCACAACGAGCGAGAAUGUCCGGAGAGGACGCUCAACUGCAGAUACUGCAAGGAACCCUUCCUGUUAAAGAACAUCAAGGCUCAUGAUGAAAUCUGUCCAAAGUACCCGAUGAUUUGUGAAGGUUGUGCGAAGAAAAAGAUCCCCAGAGAAAAGGUGGAGAACGAGAAGCUUCAUGACCACGAGCGGCAGUGUUCGUACGAACACCUCAACCUGCUCCUGCACUUCAUCAUGGGCAUCAAGGUGAGCCUGGAGAGCCUGCAGCCCCAGAGCCUGGAGGUGGCCAGCCACAAGUUGCGUGAGCUCCACCAGUCCCUCAGGGACCUGGAGCUUAAGAUGAGCCAGAUGGGCGGAGGCGGCGGCGCUCCCUCGCAGGGCGCCUGCGGCCCGUCCCUGGCCACCCCCUUCACGCGGCUGCCCAGCGCCGCGGGCGCCGCCCUGGAGCUCCAGCUCCAGAGCGAAAAGGCCAAGGUGGCCGAGCUGAGCCGCCGCUGCCAGGAGCUGGAGCUCAAGGUGGGCACGUUCGAGAACAUUGCGUGCGUCCUCAACCGGGAGAUGGAGCGCUCCUGCUCCACCAUGGAGGCCUACAACCGCCAGCACCGCCUGGACCAGGACAAGAUCGAGAUCCUCAACAACAAGGUCCGCCAGCUGGAGAGGACGGUGAGCCUGAGGGACCUGUCCAUCGUGGAGAUGGAGGGGAAGAUGAGGGACAUGUCCGCGGCCACAUACGACGGCAUCUUCGUCUGGAAAAUCUCGGAUUUCACCAAGAAGAGGCAGGACGCCGUGGCGGGCCGCGCCCCCGCCAUGUUCUCCCCCGCCUUUUACACCAGUAAAUACGGCUACAAGAUGUGCCUGCGGAUCUACCUGAACGGAGACGGGACGGGCCGCGGCACACACCUGUCUUUGUUUUUCGUGGUGAUGAGAGGACACAGCGACGCACUCCUCAAGUGGCCUUUCAAUCAGAAGGUCACCCUGAUGCUGCUGGACCAGAACAGCAGGGAGCACAUCAUCGACGCCUUCCGGCCCGACGUCUCCUCCUCGUCCUUCCAGAGGCCAGUCAGCGACAUGAACAUCGCCAGCGGCUGCCCGCUUUUCUGUCCGCUCCCCAAGCUGGACUCCAAGAACUCCUACAUACGCGACGACACCAUCUUCAUCAAGGCCAUCGUAGACCUCACUGGGCUCUAGGUAAAAGGACGAAGGGAACAAAUCCAACUCUUGCCUUUUUGUUGCUGUUCGAGUCAACGGGGUUUUGCAUCACUAGGUUCUCUAACGUCUCCAGUUCUGAGAUGACCGAUUGUUGGCAGUGGUACACAAGCUUUUUGUCUUUGGCCAGUAGCUGUUGGUUUCCAAAUCUUUAAGCGACUGUAUCUAGUUUACCUUUAAACUCGACGAAAGCAUAGAUCUCCUACCGAAGUCACUGGCGGAGUUGAUACAAUUUCAUUUUGCCAGUAUUUCUGUAUUAACAGAAGACCCUCUCGAUGUAUUUGAACUUACAGGGGCAGACUGGCGUGGAAUAUUAUGCCUGUAAACGUACACGACUAAGAAUACGUAGUCUCGAAUCUCCAAUCAUCGUCCUGUGGCGUCUUUCAUCAUCCAGCGAAGUGGAUAUCGUCUCCAUUGACGUGCAGUUGUCGAGCGAAUUCGAAGCAAUCUCGUUGCUACCUUCUAAACUGGGCUACGGCGCAGCCUCAUCAGGCGUCGGUGUAUAUCGGGUACCCAUGGCUGCAAUCAGCCAAUAAAUGGGCAAACUGGAGACAAGACCAGUGGCUUUGGCCAUCAAACCGAUGAAAGAUCGAGAGUCCGUUUUAAAGGCGCUUUCAUGUCAGCCGCUAUCGGCCGUGUUUCAAGCUGUCUGGAGACGAAAACAGGGAUUCCACAUCGUGGGAAUAUUCGAGAAGAAAACAGCUGAUCGGUCAUGAGAGUUGAAGGCCGAGUGUGUAGUUGUAACCCAUCAACUAUGUUUUGGCUCUAUUGAGAGAAUUUUGCCGUUCCCUUACAGAUUACAUGCACAUUAAAAUAUGUGAAUGGAGAGGACGGCUGUGGUUGUUUUCUUCCUGCAAGUUAAUAAGUCUGUGUUGUUGCUGCUAGCUGUUUCAAAAUAAUCAGGCCUUAACUAGUAGCUUGUAUAACUUCCAUAACUUGAGUUAAACUUCAAUAUAUUUUUCCCUCAAGAAGUUAAUUUAGCUAACAAACCAUUAUUACAUAUCCAGCAGACACGGAGGGACAUUAGCGUUCAUUGGGAGUCGCUUCUCCUUUUACUUCCGUUUUGGUCUCCACCCACUUCUGAAACAUCUGGCUCUGGAUCUUGGGAGCUGCAGAAUUGGGUUCUAAUUCACUCAAGGUAUGUCGCUGUGACUGCACACACCUGUCAGAUGGAGCAGCUGUUAAACUACCAAGUGCUGGUGACUUUAGCAGUAUCUUUGUCCGCUUUUCACCUGGGUGUUUUGUACAGUAGUUUUUGUAUUUCCAGAUUUUGUUUAUAAUUGAAAAAUGAGGCGCUUUCCGAGCAGCGCCGCCGCCAUGUAGCUUAAGCGCCCUACAAACCCAGCGGUGCAUCACGCCUACAGCUUGAACGCUUGACAUUCGGUUCAGUCCUCUUUUGGGGGGUGGGGGGGGUUGUGACUUGCUUUUGCGAUGCAGAGUUUCGAUGACAGUGGGAUGCGGCCAUGUAGCCUUCAGGGCCGUGAGCGAUGCAGCUGGAUUCGUGCUGUUCCUUCAGCAUCUGGGCCUCCGGCUCUCGAGACUUCAGUGGUGAUCAUUCGUGGUGGUGGACAUUGCUUGAAUUCCAUGAAUUUCGAGUGCAGUACUUCCGUGUGUUUGUCCAUUUAUUUGCUGUUGGUGUGCGCGUUGGCUCCGUAGCAUGCAGCAGCUUUUUGGUCGUUGGUCCGAGACACUGAUGGAAGUCAAGCUGAUGUUUCCCCAAAUGGAAAUAUGACUUAAUUCUUUUUUCUUUUUUUUUAUCUAUAUUUGCAUACAUGGUCCAUAGAUCUAAUAAAUACCUUUCAAUAAAUGCCGUGUGCAUAUUGACCAAUAUCAUUGUAGCAAUUUAUAAUGAUGCCAUUCAGACGUACAAAUACUGAAAUGGCCAAAAUAGAACAUUGAACAUUGGUGGAUCAGAAAUAUGUCCACUGCUUUGUCUUCACAAAAGGAUCCAUUUCCAUAUUUUCCCUUUUCCUUCCCGAAAUGUUUUCCAAACAUACUUGUAAUGAUCGUCGAGCCGCAAAGGGGCCCUACAAUCACAACCUACAAAGUUACUUUGCUGCUUGAGCUGUGAGAUGCUUCAAGGGCUACAAAUGCCGUAUGUGCAAUCUCACUGUGGGCCAGACGACUCGUUGAGAUUUUGUCAAAUCUAAAUUUAGGGAAACUGUCGCGGUAUAAAGAACAUAUAAGGAUAUACAUAUACAUUUGUAUGCAGUCCGAACAGAAGGAUCUGAAUCAGUCUAACAAUCCAUAGUGUUGUUGUCUCAAUGGAUCGAUAUUUUCUUACCCCGACAUUAAUCACCAUCCUGCAUUUCCUCUUUUACAUUUGUUUAUAAGCGCAUGUCUGUAAUUCCUCAGCAGCAUGUGGGUAUUGAGGUGGAGAGAUUACUAGAAGCAGGAAGGGAGGAUCCUUCGGUGAACACAGUCAUAUUUCCAUAUGGGUGUAGAGACAGAAGGUAUUAAAAGAGCAAAUGGUUGAUCUUAUCGUAAUAUUUUCUUUCUUUCCUAUUUUUGGCUUUCCUCACAGCUUUGAACUGACUUACUUUUUACAGAUAAAGAAGUGCCUGUACCUUUAUUUUUUUUUGUAAUCUUCCAUGAUCCCACUUUGCUAUGGAUGUGCUUUCCUGUGAGUUUAAACCUACCAAAAUGUUAUUGUUGUCAUAAGAAUGUUUCCCUCUGCAUACACAGAACUAUUGAAUGUUACAAUUGAACUUAAUGUCAUAAUAGAUUCAAUGAGGUCAGAAUAUCAUCAAAGAUCAGCAUUUGGCAUCUUCAUCCAAACCCAUCCGGCAUGUUUUUAAACCUCUCAACAAAUACCGAAAGCUCUUUGUGCACUUUGUUGUUUCAUUGAAGGAAAAAGUGCAUUUAACUAUAACGCAAAACUCAUGUGUCUGCAGUCUGACCUCCGCGGGUCCGUCGUUCCUUUUGCUCUGCUGGCGUCACGGAAACGUGUCCCCCGUUCUUUCCUCUUCAGCGUACAUGGUGGAGUUUUUGCAGGGGACAUUCUUGCACAUGCGACUGUGGCCCCCAACCAAUCUUCUGCUAAGUGGAUGUUUCCUUUGCUCUUUGUGGAUUAAAAAAAAAAAUGCUUCGCUGAUCCUGAUGUGGGCCGGUACUCAUCUGUUAUUCAUAGCUGGUGAACACAACAACCAAAGGGCUUCACAUCCCCCCCCCCAUCUGCUGCAAUGUCCCUCAAAGGCAGAGACACACAGAUGUUCCCUUAGCUGGGUGCGUCAAACGGAUCCGACAGGACCUCCUUGGACACACCGCUGCUGCGGGGAGGCAGAAGGCAUCUGGAGCCCGGCAGACGCCAUGCUGUGUCAGCAUACAGAUGCCACACUGCCUCACAAAAACAAUGGGUCAAUGUUUCGUGUGCAUUUCAAAGAACUCUCCGGAGCAGUCAAACUGGAAGGGUUUGAUUUAUUUACAUAUCGGUUUCUCUCUAAAGCCCGUGUUGAGAUUAAGAUGAGGAGCUUUUCAUCAGUAGCAACGACAUCAAACUGCAAACCCGCUUGUUGUUCUCUGUCGAUAGUGACUUGUGUGUUUGUGAACUCUUUGUACUACCGGGAAGUUUUGUUCCAUAUUUGUAUUUAGUUUUGUUUUAUUAAAGGUUUUACGAUGCCCUGAA